CGGCUCAAGGAUAUCCAUGGCUAGCUUGCCAUGCAUGGUUCCCGACGCUCACAGGUGUUGCUCCUGCAACUUACACCUCGCGAUUCUCUCCGAACAGAAUCUGUCAAAGUGUCUGUUACCGAUCAAACCUGCAUCCUGCGCGCCAGCUCAUCGCCAUAUCCUAUGUCAACCACCAAGACAAUAGAACUGCCUCUCGGCAACACCACCGCGAAAUGCACGAUUGAAAUUCCGGAUACGAGCGAUGAUCCGCCUGCUCCGGAAGCUGUUGUGGACUUCACAUAUCAAGCUGUUGCUUGGAUAGUGAAGAUUGCUGCAGAAAUGAAUACCACGGCUCCCGCCACCAGUCCACAGAGAUCGAGCAUUAGGCAAGUACGAGACAUCCACGAGCUCAGUGCGUGCUGCCACCCAUCGAGGACGAGACCUGACGAGGCGGCGAUGCAGCUCAUCGGCGUCAAGCGAGAGAGGCAGCCUGAUUGUGUCGACAUCAACGACGGAUCUGCGGAUCGACAAUCUGAAGCUGGAACAGUCGUGAAACGACCCAAGUUCGCGAUGCGACACGACAGUUUCUGGAAUGGAGCUUCUGUACCUGAGGUUCCAAUGUCGGAUGACAGUGGGUUCUACGAGGGUGGUGAUUGCUCGCAACCGGCGGAGAGUCUGCCACCCUCGCCGCCAAGAUCUCCUGGCUUGUUAUCAAGAUCACGUUCUUGCCCGCUGCUGGCAUCGUGAAAGCGGCAGCCGUCGCGGAGAAUGGAGGAAAACGAGUGGGAUACACCAUGGCCACUGGGCCAUGACCAAUGAGGAACUGCAGCGAAGUGUCAUGCGACGUACUUGCAGUACAGCUGCAGCUACUACACCUUGGUCCCUCUGGUCUGGCUGCAGCGGCCGCUCCAGCACAGCGUUUCCAUCAUGCCAUUCACAAUACGGCAUUGGUAGAGGACCUCGACGAUGCUUCUGAGCGCCCGUGCUACCGGCUACCCCGCCCGGUCCACCAAGAAGCUGUGCGUCACACGAAUCAUGAUCACACUGCUGAUGGCCACGCUGGUCCGUCGUGCCAUACGGACUGAGGCUGUGCAGGUUAAGUGCUUCUCAAAUGAGCGUAUGAAGAGCCAGACAGCGAGCUGCUCCACCAUGGCUCCUCGUCAAACAGAUCCGCUUCGUUUCGCAAAUCGUUUCGGCGACGGCGUGCUCCGCGGGACAUGCGACGUAAUGACAAUCUGAUCAAUCAUGCGCUGGAUCAAUUUUGCCGCGCCAACUGGCUCCCCUCUAUAGCCAGCGUCCAACAUGCAAGGACACCGAUGCUGGUCCACGAUCUUGCAAACAGGUUCAUCUCCAAUCGCGAAGAUCAGAUGCAUUGAAGCUUGGAACCAGGUCGCAUCGCUUCGAUCUCGGUGUCGACUUACUGACACGCGGCCAUUGGAUGUAUGACACAAUACCCUAUGCCCUCGGGGUCGAGGAAGGUACUGUUUAAACAGAUAGACACGAUACCAUAUGUCUCAGGCUGCAGCCUCAAUGCACCAUGCCCCAUGGCACCAACGUCCACGCGCCACCUGUGACUCGAUACAGUCACAGCUACUUGCACUUGAUCUACACCAUCACUUCCAACCCAUCUCGGUCAGCGAUUCUCUCUCAUGGCGGCCUCUUUGUCUCACGCUGCAACUCCAUUGACCAUGCUCGCUCCCUUCGAAGCCUCUCGAGAUCCAAUGGGCCUCUCCGCUCACAACUACCUGAUACAGCCUCAGUAUACCCGCCACCUCUCCAACGUCUCCCAGCCCGCCGAUCUCCAGGGUGGGGAUCACGCUUCCGAUCCGGCCGAUGGAGAGCGACCUGCCUCCAUGAUGUUGAUGUACCGCGAUGACCUGCGUCAGUCUCCUCUAAAAACGAACGACGACGCCCGAAACCUCGUGUCUUCCAAUUCCUAUCAUGUCAAAGCAAGUGACAAAGACCUAGAAGAAGCGGAGGUCGAGUCCAUAAUCCACGAUAUCGUAACAGGGCCAUCGUCACCAGAUCCGACAGAAAACAACAGCAGAUUCUGGAGCAGUCCCUCCCUCCCCAUCGACGAAGCAGAGCUCUGGGGUCACGAACAAGCCUCCAUGUCUGCUACUGGUGCCGAAGAGCAGACGGUAUAUGUACCUCUCACCGCUUCCCGCAGACCAGCAGCCCAGAGAAAAGAUCUAGGAGAAGGACUUGAUUGGAAUAAGAUUUUGUUGCGGUCAAGGUCAGAGAGCAACCUGGUGUUUCUGAAGAGCCGAGAUCGAUCGAGAUUCUGCGAGAAGGUGUUGAUGCUGGAGGGGAACAGGGAGGAUGCAGAAAAGUGGAGAGAGCAAGGGAACAUUGCAGAACUAGAUUUGUUAUGGCCACCGAAAGCUAAGAUACUAUUGGGAGGAUGAGGCAUUGGCCUGGAAGGUUUGAAGUUGGAGGAGAGCGGGAUAGUCCAACGGGAGAGCUGCACAUCGAAAUGCCUGAUGGAAGAACGCGAUGUGGUGCGGUAUUGGCACAUUGAAAGCAGCCAGAUCAGAUAGCAUUGUGAUUUCGGAAUGAAGCGAUUCACCCGUUCACUUU